AUGAAGGCCAACUUCCUCUCACUCCUCAGUCUGUGCAUCGUAAGUCAGGUCGCAGCCCUGCCAACGGUGAUUGUUAGCGAUGCUUUGACAGUCAGAAGUCGAUCAGAAAGUACUGACGCUAUCACUGACGGCACUCAAAUUGCUGAGGGUUGGAAGCGAGGCGAGGAGGUGACCGACGGCACUCAAAUUGCGGAAGGAUGGAAACGAAGUGAAGAAGUGGCAGAUGGUACUCAAAUUUCCGAAGGAUGGUAA